AUGAAAGACGCCGUGUCUACCGGCCAGAACGAUGGUGUGUCUAUCCUGCUUCUAGGUCUUGCCGCGUCGGGCAAAACCACGCUGCUCCGGCAGCUCCAGCUCGGAAAUGUGUCGGCCAGCACAGUCGACGGCCUGCCGGUCGAAACCGUCGCAUACAGAAAUGUAGUGCUGAGCUCCUGGGACCCCAGUCGCGCCGUAGAUCACGCCGCAUUCGCCUCGUCUCGCCACGAGCGCUGCAAGGCGCUGAUUUUCGUCGUCGACGCCGCAGACCGCGCCGGCAUCGACGCCGCCCGCGCCACACUGCACACACUGCUCGACGACUGCGCGCUACGAGCCCGGCCGCUGCUGCUGCUCGCCAACAAGACAGAUCUGCCCGACGCCCUGCCCGACGGCGAGCUUUGCGACUUGCUCGGCCUCGCCGGCGGCCUGCCGCGCCCCUGGCGCCUACAGGCCGUUUCCGCCGCCCGCCGCACCGGCAUCUACCCCGGCCUGGAGUGGCUCACGGCCACCCUCGAGUCCGGCCGCAGCGGGCGCCCCGCCCAGUUCGCCGCUGCCCGCAGCAUCGGCGCUGCCGUCAGCGACUAG